AUGCAAGAAAAGUUGUCCUUGACGAGGGAGUACUGGGGUGUAAAACCCCCAGCCGGUGUGUAUCUUCCAACAGCAGCUGAAAUCUUGAAGAUGUGCACUGCGGAUGAUAAACACCCGGCUGCACUCGCAUUUCCCUCAGAAGCGCCGGUAUUCUGGAUUAAAUAUGGCUUUGCAGUGGAGUGGAACGAGGUCCUGGCCCAGGCCAUGGCACAUCGUGAACUCCUGAAACUACGCUCCCAUGCUCGGGUACCAGCAAUCUUUUAUGCGUUAGAGGCGGGUAGAAAGGUAUACAUUGUCAUGGAAUAUAUCCCAGGACGGUCCGGGAGCCAGAUCCUAGAAAGCUCCUCAGAACCCGCAGAAAGGGAGGCAGUCCACCGGCAGGUAGCUUUCAUGGUCCAAGAACUUCUACGAAUACCAAUUUCACCCAAUGCUCGUCCUGCUGCCAUCGAUGGAGGAAAAUUUACACAUCUCAUCUUUCGUGAUUACAGAGCUAGUCGACAUUAUCACAAUGUAGAUCAGCUCGAGCAACAUUUCAAUCUGUUCAUGAAAAUGGCGAAACGCGAACCGAAAAUCCAAGGACUAUCCCGCGAGCCUCUGGUAUUUAGCCACCCCGAUAUCUGGCCUGGCAACAUAAUUAUUGGUGAUGACGGCCGUACCACUAUCAUCGACUUUGCAGGGUCAAGCAUCCUCCCUUCUAGCUUUGUCAAAUAUUCUCUCUCUUCAUCAAAGAAAGAUCGCGAGUACAAUCUGAUGACUUGGGUUGACUUGCCUUGCCCUGAUGGGAUUGAUAACGUCAAGGCGUUAUGGGCCAUUUCAGACCCAAUGAUCAUGGGUACAGCCUCCUUUGCGAGGGCGGGCUGGCGAGUGCCUGGGUAUGGAAAUCCAGUACCUGAACAAGUAGUUUCGUAGACACUGCAAUUUCUUUCACCUUUUUUUCCCCUUCCCUUAUUCUUAGUCUCUAUUUCGAUCGAUAUAUUACAAGUUCACGCUGCGCUCAUGGCUCUUGCGAAUGGUUCGAACUAGAGUUUUGAGGGAGGUGAUGGAAAUCUUGCUAUUCGUUCCCUACGCAAUACUUAUAAUGAAAGAAAUACCCAACAAACCUUUCUGUUAUGCUCGGAGGAAAUGCGGAUUAAACAGCCCGCUACUAUGCAGAAUUUACUAUCUCGCUGGCCUGUUUCCUCUUAUCGGGCACUCGCUGCCUUAUUUUCUACUCACUAUUGUCCUAGGCAUGAACGAGGUUGCAUGUCUGCUUGAUCAGGGUUUCAAAAGGCUCAUCACGGGCCUCCAUCCGCUUGCGACAUAUCAAACUCCGCACCAAACACGAGGCACCUGAAAGCAUAUGAGGAUUCCGGGUACCUUAGGCUUUGUGUCAGAAAAAAACAAUGUUGUUGAGUGAUUUCGCUAGGCCGCGGGAACGAUGUCGUGCUGAAACAGUGAAUCAACCUGUGACCGGGAACAUCCGUUCGUGAGAUCCCUCCAAGGCUCCAUUCCCCUUAUUGCUGGAGCUAUGCGAAACAGCAUAGAGCAGAGCAAACUACACGUGAGUACAAUUUAUCUUCCUCGUGAGAAAUGAUCCACGUCAAACAGGACGGACGGGGAAUGCUUUUGUGUACUCCAUUCUGCCAGCGAAAGCAGCCAGCAAAA